AAACAAAAAAAAAAAUGAUAAAAUAAAAGAAGAUGCAGUACCUGGUUUGGGUUUGGAUUUCCGGAGGACCAGCUAUAAAGAACGUUUUGGGAAUCAUUGAAGGAAAUAUCAUUAUGGGCUAGGUAUAAAAUAAUGAUUAACAAUGUCAAGUGUGGAUAUGAGGUGUAGACUUUUAGAGAAAAAUACAGACUUUUCUCUAAAAGAGCAUUUGGGAGGUGUUUAAGAGCAGAAUGUGACAGUGUCCUCAAUUUACCUUUUUUUUUGGAGACAGAGCCUUGCUCUGUCACCCAGGCCGGAGUGCAGUGGCGCGAUCUCAGCUCAUUGCCUCCCAGGUUCACGCAGUUCUCUGCCUCAGCCUCCUGAGUAGCUGGGAUUACAGGCACACGCCACCACACCCAGCUAAUUUUCGUAUUUUUAGUAGAGACGGGGGUUUCACCAUCUCGGCCAGGUUAGUCUUGAACUCCUGGCCUCGUGUUCCACUCCCCUCGGCCUCCCAAAGUGCUGGGAUUACAGGCAUGAGCCACCACGCCCGGCCGCUCAGUUUGCUUUAAAUUAAAUCUAUGUAGAUGGUGAAUACACACAGGCUGUCAGUUGGCUAGAACAAUUGAUUUGGAAACAUGGGCUUUUUAUCUUCACCUGAUAUGUUGGGUAAUGUGAAUAUAACACAAAUUUCAUGUUUAUGUUCAGUUUCAUCCCCAAGAAACACUAGAUGAAUGAAGGAAAUUACACACGACUGAGAAGAGCCCGGUAGGGAAACAGGAAGUGUGCACACACCUCAAACACCACGCCACGCUGUCUCCUCUGCCUCAAACGUUCCGUUAGGUUUCUGACACCCCUCUCUCCACCACUGCACGCGAACUCGGGAGAAAUUGAGGUUCCCCUGCCAAAUUCCAGAAGCCACCUUUGGAUCUUCUGCCAGGACUCAGUGGUCUUUGAGGAAGUGGCCGUGAGGUUCACCCCGGAAGAGUGGGCGUUGCUGAGUCAUGCUCAGAGGAGACUCUACAGGGAUGUGAUGCUGGAAAUCUGCAGGAACCUGGCCUCCUUGGGUAGUUGCAUUUAUGUUAGAACCAGUGGAUCAAGUUCUCAGAGAGAUGUUUUCGGGAAUAAAAUAUCCAAUGAGGAGGAAAUGGCAAAAUUCACGAGAAGUGAGUCCUGGUGUAUUUUUGGACAGAAUUGGAGAUUUGGUAACACUGGAGAUCAGCACCAGACCCCAGAGAGGCACCUGAGAAGUCAGCUGCGGAUCCUCUGUGACAGUAAUGAAGGUCAUCAGUGUGGAGAGACCGUGAGCCGUACUGCAAACCUUCCUGUGCACAGACGUUACCCUACCGAAGCUAAACCCUCUGAGUGCACUAAGUGUGGCAAGGCCUCCGAGAAGUGCCAGAGAUCUCAAACCAGAGAGAGGCUGCAUCUGUGUGAGGAAUGUGGACAAGCCCGCAGCUGCCUCUCCUGCCAAAGCCCUCCUGUGAAAACUCAGACUGUAGAGCAACCCGGCAAUUGCCGGGACCCAGGGAAAGCAUCUGCAACCUAUGUGAAAAGGCUCGGCAGUAAAAAGUCUUAUGAAUGUAAGAAAUGUGGGCAAGCUUUCACUAGUCCCUCAUCUUUCAGGGCACGUGUGAAAGGUCACCAUGGGCAGAAAACCCACGCAUGUAAAGUAUGUGGGAAGACCUUUAUGUAUUACUCCUACCUUACACGGCACAUAAGAACUCACACAGGAGAGAAACCCUAUGAAUGUAAGGAGUGUGGGAAGGCCUUCAGUUGUCCCUCGUACUUUCGAGAACACGUCAGAACACACACUGGAGAGAAACCGUACGAAUGUAAGCAUUGUGGAAAAUCAUUCAGUUGUUACUCUUCCUUUAGGGAUCACGUGAGGACCCACACUGGAGAGAAACCCUGUCAGUGUAAACACUGCGGGAAAGCGUUCACGUGUUACUCAUCUCUCCGAGAACACGGGAGAACGCACAGCGGAGAGAAGCCCUAUGAAUGUAAGGAAUGCGGCAAAGCCUUCAGGUACCCCUCCUCCCUGCGAGCACAUGUGAGAAUGCACAGCGGAGAGAAGCCCUACAUGUGCAAGCAGUGUGGGAAGGCCUUCGGAUGUCCCACCUACUUCAGAAGACAUGUGAAAACACACAGUGGCCUGAAACUCUACGAAUGCAAGGAGUGUGGGAAAGCCUACAGUUUUUCCUCAUCCCUUCGAAUCCAUGUGAGGACGCACACUGGAGAGAAGCCCUUUGAGUGUAAGCAUUGUGGGAAAGCCUUCAGCUGUCACUCCUCCCUUCGAGAGCAUGUGAGGACCCACAGUGGAGAGAAACCGUACGAAUGUAAGCAAUGUGGGAAAGCCUUCAGCCAUGCUCAGUAUUUUCAAAAGCACGUGAGAGCACACAGUGGAGUCAAACCCUACGAAUGCACUGAAUGUGGGAAAGCCUACAGUUGUUCCUCAUCCCUUCGGGUGCACGUGAGGACGCACACUGGAGAGAGACCAUACGAAUGCCAGCAGUGUGGGAAAACCUUCAGGUAUCUCGCUUCGCUCCAGGCACAUGUGAGGACACAUGUAGGAGUGUGAAUCUACGAAUACAGUAGACCUGGGAGACUGUUCCACCUUAAAACCUUGUAAAUGGGCCAGGCAUGGUGGCUCACGCCUGUAAUCCCAGCACUUUGGGAGGCUGAGGCGGGUGGAUCACGAGGUCAAGAGAUCGAGACCAUCCUGGUCAACAUGGUGAAACCCCGUCUCUACUAAAAGUACAAAAAAUUAGCUGGGCAUGGUGGCGCGUGCCUGUAAUCCCAGCUACUCGGGAGGCUGAGGCAGGAGAAUUGCCUGAACCCAGGAGGCGGAGGUUGCGGUGAGCCGAGAUCGCACCACUGCACUCCAGCCUGGGUAACAAGAGCGAAACUCCGUCUCAAAAAAAAAAACAAACUCGUAAAUAUGAGAAAACACUGGCAAGAAGCCUUAUUUAUGUAGAGGAUGCAGGAAAACCUUCUGGUAUAGGACUUAUUUUUUAUGUAAUAAGAGUAGGAGAGAAAUGUCUGAAUUAUAAUUCAUAGGGUACCACCUUUACACGCCUCAGCCUUAAUACUGGUUCUUUGUGUGUAAUUUCUAGUUGACGUUUGUGAUGUAAACGCUUGAUAAUAGAUACCCUGUUUGUGCACUUCCAGCUGUACUGUGUAUGUUCUGUCACUUAGGACUGUAAAUACUUGUAAUUAUAUUUGUCUCGUUCCAUUGCAGUGUCUUUUGCACCCAGGGUGAGGAAGUGGCUUUUUGUUUUCCUGCAGCACUUGCUGUGAAUUCAGAUGAAACAUUUUUGACUGCUACUUUCUUGUUUGUUGGUUUGUUUUUGAGAUGGAGUCUUGCUGUGCUGCCCAGGCUGGAGUGCAGUGGCGCAAUCUCAGCUCACUGCAACCUCUACCUCGCUGAUUCGAGUGAUUCUCCUGCGUCAGCCUCCCAAGUAGCUGGGAUUAUGGGCACCCACUGCCACUCCCAGCUAGUUUUUGUAUUUUUAGUGCAUAGGGGUUUUCACCAUACUGACCCGGUUGAUCUCGAACUCCUGACAUCAGGUUAUCUGCCCACCUCUGCCUCCCAAAGUGCUGUGAUUACGGGUGUGAGCCACGAUGCCCGGCCUGAUCCCCACUUUCCAUGUUGUUUCCAGUGUGUGAUCGUGAGACUGUCACUGUUGACGUUUCUUUUCCAGUCCACUACUGCAGGUACUGGAAUUUGCUGUCCCCCUAUCUACCUUUUCCUUCAUUUGUUAAAAUUAAAAAUUGUAUUUAAUAGA